AUGUGUGCUAGGUUGACAGACCAUAACCCUUUCUUACCCAGUACCCCUUUCACCCCUUUCCUCACCCUCCUCUCCACCACCUCCUCCCGUCCACACCCAAACCCACCACCCAAACAAAAGCGCAACAAGCCCACCCGAUCGUCACUCACAGCCCAGCAAGUCCAAACUACAACAUCAAUCUCGGCCGCAACCCCAUCACAAACACAGUCCUCAUCAACAACACCAAAAACGCCCCCAGUGAAAAGCACCAUGCAACCUCACCAUUACCAACACUUCUGUCGAAACCACAACCCGCGUCUCGCCGAUAAUCACAGUUUCACAGACAUAACCGCUGGAUCCCAUACCCGAUGCCCCUUCUCCGCGCCCUCGCCGCGCUCAGCCCGCGACUUCCGGACUCGUUGCCUUCUACGAUACAAACAUGUCUUCUACCACUCUUCCCUCGCACUCCUCACGCCCAAGCAUCUACAUUCGCGCCUAGCAGUACAUUUGCAACCUGCUAUCGAGCCUGGUCGUUGAUAGGAUGCUUGUUGGCAUGAACGCCCUCCAUCGUUACUACCAAAUCAUCAUCAUCGCCAUCAUCGUCAUGGUCAUGUUCAUCGUCGUUACUACUAUAUACAUAUUGGUGUUUAAACGGGAGGUAGGAUAGCUGGCUGGCAGAUAGGCAGACAGAC